AUGUCCUCCCUAUAUAAACUUUCUAUCCUGGGAGUACGGUCCUUUUCUCCUAAAGAUCAUGAAACUAUCCAAUUCGGUUCACCUCUCACUCUUAUCUGUGGUCAAAAUGGAUGUGGAAAGACUACCAUUAUCGAAUGUCUUAAGUAUGCUACAACUGGAGAUCUCCCGCCUAAUUCUAAAGGUGGAGCAUUUGUCAAUGAUCCUGUCAUUGCAGAUCGACUGAUGGUGAAUGCUGAAAUAAAGUUGGGAUACAUUUCAGUGGACGGCAAGCUGAUGACAGUAACUAGGAACAUGCAAUUGACCAGAAAGAGAGGAGCACGAGGAUCUGCGGUUACAAACACCUUUAAAACAUUAGAAGGGCAGUUGGCUGUCAUUUCUCGCGGACACAAGACGUCCAUCAGUUCAAAAAAUGCCGAAUUGGAUACGCGUGUGCCUCAAUAUCUAGGUGCAUCCAAGGCCAUCUUAGAAUACGUGAUUUUCUGCCACCAGGACGACAGUCUUUGGCCAUUGAGUGAGGCAGGAGUGUUGAAAAAACGUUUUGAUGAGAUCUUUGAGGCACUGAAAUUCACUAAGGUCUUGGAUAAUUUAAAGACGAUCAAAAAGGAGAUGGCCACUGAUAUCAAGUUAAUUGAGCAAAGUGUGCAACACGCAAAAAUCGACAAGGUCAGAGCACAAAAAAUUAGGGAGAAGUUGGAAGAGAGUUCGGCGAAAGUGGAGCAGUAUACACUGGAAAUUGCCGAGUUGACAAUGGAGAUAGAGACAUUGGAGAAGAAAGCUGAGGAUUUAUUCCAUCUGAACCAGUCGUUUCAAAAAACAUUGAGCGAAUACGAGAGACACAGAAUGACUCUUGAGAACACAGAAUCGAACUAUCUGCGUUUAAAGAAAUCUAUCAAAAUCUUGGCUGAUUCUGACGAGGAGUUGGCUCAUCAGCUAGCCAAUUUUGCAGAGAUUCAGCGAGAAAAGGCUGAUGCUUUGAAGACAAAAGAGGUUUCCAAGCAAGGUUUGGAAGCGCAAUUAUUGAAGACGCAAACUCGCUUUCAUGAAUUGACGAGGAGUGAGGGUUCUUUGGAGACUAAGAAGGGCCAAUAUGAGGAAAAUAUGAAAAUGCUAUUUGAUUUAUCGUCAAAUAUUGCCGAAAAAUAUCAGCUCGAUAAGGCUCUACAAAAGCAAGAAAUCAAAACAGAAUUAAAUCAUAUGCAUAAGGUUGCUGAUGGUCGCUUCAAGCAGCUUGUGAAGGAAAACGAACAGAAACUUGGUAAGUUGAACGAAGAAUUGGGUGUUUUCCGAGAUAAAAUCACAAAGGAAGAUCAACAUUCAUUAUAUUGUGCAGAUGAUAUUGAUAACACCAACCUGAAAAUCAAAGAGCUAAAAGACAAACUUAGUGUGUUGGUCCUUGAUGAAGACUCCUUAGAAAUGGAAAAAUCCAAGUUGGAGGCCUUGAGAGCCAAACUUGAGAAGAAGAAGGAAACUUCCAGCGUUAAUUCACUCAAAGAAGUGAUGAUUCAAGAUAAAAAGAAACUUACAAGUCUCGAGGUUGAAUUGGAUGACUUGAUGAGGCAAAUUGCAACGUCUAAUAAGCAAUCGGAUAUUCAUAGCAAGAUUGACUUGCUUAAAGAAUCAAAAAGUCUCAAAAAAAAUGUUUUGGAUAAGUCUAUCUCGUCCAAUCAAGCAGAUUUUGAAAAGUUGACUGGAAGUAAGUUACAGGCUGAAGGGUGUGAGUCUACCUUAGAAAUUUGCAUUAAGAACCUCCAAGAAGAGACCGAUGCAUUGCAGGAGCUUCUUGGUAGUUCAAACAAUGAGCUCAGCUCGAUGAAUGCUCGCUUGGAAAGUACAAACGCUGCAUUUUCCGAAAUGGAGCUGAAAAUCAAAAAUCAUAAAAGCAAUAUACUUGCCGUUUUGGAAGAAUCAGAGGUUGAUGACUAUGAAAGGCUAUUGCAAGAGCUCGAGGACGAUCACAAGUCGGCUGUGUACAACCUCAACACUUUUGAAGUGACCAAAAGCUAUAAGGUUAAGGCUAUGGAUAUUGCUAAGAAGACAAGAUGUUGCACUUUGUGUAACAGAGGAUUCAACGGAGGUGAGCUUUCAAAAUUUGAGACCGAGCUACAGAAUAACAUUAAUUCCCUCACAGCCGACAAGUUCACUGACGAUGUUGAAGCGACGAUGAAGGAUUUGCAAGAAAUGAAGAAUAUCCAUUUUGACAUUUUGCAAUAUCGCAAGUUGACUAAGGAGUUGCAACAAUUGAAGACAGAAGCUGAAAUUCAGAGAGAAAGUAUCAGAGAGAAAGAAAGUAACAUCAAAUUGGAGAAGACGAAACUUGAACAAAUGAGAUUUAAACUUGAGCAAAUUCGUGAAUUGACAAAACCUGUUGAAGGUAUCCACAGAGUUUUUGGUGAGAUUGCCAAUAUCGAGAGCCAAUUGCUACUUCUUCAAGAUGAACUUGAGGAGUUUGGAAGUUCUGUGGUGACUGUUUCUGAGUUGCAAAGGGAGCAGCAGAAGAAAAACUUUGAGGUUAAGAACUUGAGACAAGCAAUCUCUGAUGCUACAGAAGAAAUUAAUUCUCAUCAAAGAGAGCUUUCAAAGUUGGAGAGCCAGGUGAAAGACAAGCAGUUACUCAUAAGUGACAUGGAAAGGGCAUUCAGUGAAGCAGUUGGUCUUAAAAAUUCCAUUGCAGAUUCUGAGACUCAUGUAAAAUCUUUGCAAGAAAAGCAAGAAAAGAUUGCAAUUAUUCUCCAAGAUCUACGAGACAACUUCAAGGUCAAGUCAGAAGAAUAUGAGGACUUGAAGAAUCUUUGCAGCAAGCAUGAAGACACAAGCCGAAGCAUGUUAGAUGAUCUUUCUUCCACGUUGUUGACAUUUGAAAGGAUACUUGAGGCAAUUGAAUCAUACGAACUUAAUGAUAAGGAGCAAGUUGAGCUGAUCAAGGAGAAAUUGGCAGAAACAACUACUCAGGUUCAAAACUUAGAACAUAGCAAGAGCGAACUUGAACUGGAAAUCAAGCAACUCGAAGCCGCUAUCAAUGAUGCAACGAAGGUUGAGAGAAAUAUUCAAGACAACGUCGAACUUCGCCAAACAGAAAAAGAGUUGGAUAGAAUUCAACAAACAUUGAAUGAAAUAGAUAUCCAAAAUGCCGAAGUGGAAAAGGAAAAGUACCAAGCGGCAUCUCAGAGGUUGCGCAGUCAGAUCACUGACCUCAACUCCCAACAUUUCGGAAAGGUAGGUGAAGUGAAGCAAAUCAACGAUCAGAUCCAGCAUUUGCAGAAUGAGUUGUCCACGGAGUUCAAGAACAUCGACAAGCAGUACCAUUCGGAGUGGAUUAAAUUGCAAACGAAUUUGUUGGUGUCUAAUGACUUACAAACGUAUUCUCAGGCGUUAGAUAAUGCAAUCAUGAAGUAUCACAGUAUGAAAAUGGAUGAAAUCAACAGAAUUCUUCGGGAGCUCUGGAACCAGACGUACAGAGGUACAGAUAUUGACGGCAUUGAGAUCAAAUGUGAUGUUGCCAAAGGUCGAUCUUAUAAUUACAGAGUGGUCAUGUACAAGAAAAAUUCAGAGCUUGAUAUGAGAGGAAGAUGUUCCGCAGGUCAGAAGGUGCUUACAAGUAUUUUGAUUCGAUUGGCUCUUGCUGAAUGUUUUGGAACAAACUGCGGAAUGAUUGCACUUGAUGAACCCACCACUAACUUGGAUGUGGAGAAUGCUGAGUCAUUGGCCAUGGCAUUAAACAAUAUCAUCGACUUUAGGAAGACACAGAAGAACUUCCAGCUCAUCGUCAUCACCCACGAUGAGCAAUUUUUGAGCCACAUUAAUGGAGACCGUUACACGGAUAAUUUUUACAGAAUUGAGAGAGACGAAAACCAAAACUCCAUUAUUAAAAGUUUGCCCAUCCAUUUGAUGCAAGAUGACUAG